GAGCUUCCUGAGCAAAGUGGCAUCGCCGGAUUCCGAGCUCCGGCCCCUCUGCCGCCGCCGUGGGGCUCGGCGCCCGCCCCAAAUGCCAACUGUGCAGGAAGUGGGGGCGUUCCGUGUGGUGCUACCCGGAGUGGCAUUCUUCCGGGUGAAGAACGCGCUGGCUCCAAGCAGGACUCUCUGAUGCACUCCGGGUGCAGGAGAACUCACCGGCCCAGCAGGCAGGCCUGGAGCCUUACUUCGACUUCAUCAUCACCAUUGGGCACUCGCGGCUGAACAAGGAGAAUGACACGCUGAAGGCGUUGUUGAAGGCCAACGUAGAAAAACCCGUGAAGCUGGAGGUGUUCAACAUGAAGACCAUGAAGGUGCGCGAGGUGGAGGUGGUGCCCAGCAACAUGUGGGGCGGACAGGGCCUGCUGGGCGCCAGCGUGCGCUUCUGCAGCUUCCGCAGGGCCAGCGAGCAUGUGUGGCACGUGCUGGAUGUGGAACCCUCUUCACCUGCUGCCCUUGCUGGCCUGCGCCCCUACACAGACUAUGUGGUUGGCUCAGACCAGAUUCUCCAGGAGUCUGAAGACUUCUUUUCUCUCAUCGAGUCCCACGAGGGGAAGCCCUUGAAGCUGAUGGUUUAUAACUCCGAGUCUGACUCCUGCCGGGAGGUGACUGUAACUCCCAAUGCAGCCUGGGGUGGAGAGGGCAGUCUGGGAUGUGGUAUCGGCUACGGGUAUCUACACCGGAUCCCCACCCAGCCCUCCAGCCACAAGACACCACCUGUUGCCCCAACACCUGGCACCCCAUCACCUGGCACCCCACUGCCUGGCACCCCAUCACCUGGUGCCCCACUGCCUGGCACCCCACCAUCUGGCGCCCCACCGCCUGGUGCCCUGCCACCUGAUACCCUGCUACCUGAUGCCUCACUACCUGGUGCCCCACCACCUGGGCCCACCCCCCAGGACUCUUCUGGCCUGGAGAUGGGUUCCAGGCAGAGUGACUACAUGGAGGCCCUGUUACAGGUACCUGGCUCCCUCAUGGAUGGACAGCUCCCCAGGCCUGGAAGUCCUAGCCACAGUGCUCCAGACUUUGGGGGACUUCCGCAUUCCAUGGAGAUUCCUCUUCAGCCUCCACCUCCAGUGCAGCGAGUCAUGGAUCCAGGUUUCCUGGACGUGUCAGGCAUUUCCCUCCUGGACAGUAGCAAUGCCAGCGUGUGGCCCAGCCUGCCCUCCUCCACAGCACUGCCCUCCACAGCCAUCUCGAACUCAGGACCAGAGGAUGUUGGCUCCAGCAGCAGUUCUCACGAGCGGGGUGGUGAGGCCACAUGGUCUGGGUCAGAGUUUGAAGUCUCCUUCCUGGAUAGUCCGGGUGUCCAGGCCCAGCCAGACCACCUGCCUCAGCUGACUCUUCCUGACAACCUCACCUCUGCAGCCUCGCCAGAAGAUGGGCUAUCUGCUGAGCUGCUGGAAGCUCAGACUGAGGAGGAGCCUGCAAUCACAGAGAGCCCAGACUGCAGGGCAGAGGCUGAGGGCCCAGCCAGCCAGGCCCAGAUCUCUACCCCAGAAUUACAACCGGAGCUGUGAUAAGGUCUCUGGUGACAUUUCAUGAGGUCCAGAUGUGGGCAAGCAACCAAGCUCCAUGCCUGACCCUAGCCCUGUAUGUUCCACUUCCUUGGUUGCAGCUCCAGGUGAUGUGCCAGGGCCUCUGUUGGCAGGGAGCUUUUUUGUCUUCUCAGAGCCUCCUUGGGGUCUCCAGGAGAUGACCUUGCAGCAUUUACUCUUGUCUGAUGGUCCUGGCUUGGAGGCUUUCAAGCAAAUCCUUUUGAGGUGGUAGAGGGCUGGGGGCAGCACCGCAGCUUAAUGUUCUGCAGGAGCUGGGAUAGGAAAGGAGGGAUUCUUUGCUGCUUUGGUGAAAUGAAGGCUGAGUUGGUAGUGGGAGACCAUGUGCCCUCAAGACCAGUCUUUUCUGGUCAUUGGGGCUGCCCAGGAGGCAGCAGGGUCUGGACAUGAUCCAGGGUGAGGGAGGAAGGAGCUGUGUCAGGUGUUGCCUGAUGCUUUGUAGGGCUUGCCUUGAUCCUUCCUGCACAGCCCAGCCAGCCCAUCUGCACAGGAAGGGACCCAAGCCCAGGGCUCUACCCGCCCAGUCUCCACCACUGAUGACUCCUUUAUGUGUCCUCAUCCUUGUGCUACAGUACAACAUUUGGCUUAGGCACUGCUGGAGGAGAAAGGCAGUGUGCUCGCCUCUCCUGGGGGUGGUGGGGUUUGAAAACCCAAGGCCCUUCGCAGAGACCCAGCUAUGCUUGCACCACACUGGUUCUUCCCCAGGGCCUACAUGCCACACAUCUAGUAUCCCAGUGGCAACUCCUAUAGGCUCCCCAGCUUACACAGUGAUCUCUGAAUAGACAAAGCAUCUAGUCCCAGUGAUGAAUAAAAGUUGCAAAUUAAGCUCACUGUCCUACGCAAACCCUCAGUCCAUCUCACUAGGUCUCUUCAUACAAAGCUCCACCCCAAGAGCGAAUUAGGGGCCUAAAAAGGCCCCUCUGUCCUUUUCUGUUCUAUGUGGGAACAGUGUUCUCCCACCCCCAGGUGCCUUUGGAGGCUAAGGCAGGCGGUCGGUCUACCCUGCUCAGCUCCUGCAGAAGGGGAUGACUCCAUCAGCUGAAAUCCUCUGCUGCUUUGACCCGAGUCCCUACUUCCCACACUGAUUGUGUCCUUGAUAAUUACCGUGAAAGCUGCCUCUGGCCUUGUCUUCUAGUCUCCACCUAGUUGAUAGGUUCACUGUUAUAGCUCCAUUUGUAUAAUAUGUGUAGGAUGGUGAAUACAGGAAAUUCAGUUCUGUUAGGCCUACAGGACAAGGACUGGGGGGCAGAGACCAAACUAUGGAGGAACUAGGUCCCCAAAUCAGCAAACAUUAAGUUUCAAGCACUGUGACUAUAUUUAAAGCCAACCCUUGUCAAGCCUACCAGAGCAGCUGAUAAGUCUGCAGAACAGUGAGGCAUUGUGCCCUGGAUUGUCUGGGAGCCCAGUGUCAGUCUGUAGGAAUGCAGGAAGUAGAACAGAACCGCCACAGGACUGUCCUGGGGCCAGCUUUCCUCAGUUCUGUAGCCUGGCAGUCUGACCACAGUUGCCCUCACUGGAAGGUUACGGCUCCUCCUCCCUUUUCCUUUCUCUUCCCCUAUAAACUGGGGGAUAAAAUUGUAUCAACACUAAUUAUUUCCAGGGUGAAUAUGAAGCCAGAAGUUUCUUUCUCUGUAAUCUGCUAAGAAGGAAAUGACAAGUGAAAAAAAUAAAUAUGUACUACACUUUGAAAUAUUUUAACUAAAGCCUUUAUUCUAUACAACUGUGAAAUACAGAUUUUUACCCUUUUGGCAUUGCAGACUCAAAUUUUCUGGAAACUGUAUUACUGGUGUAACUGGAGGGGAAAGAAAAUAAUAUAACCAUGCUGGGGGUCAGAUCUACAACAGGGAGGGAACAUAGCCACCCAAGGCUCAGCACAUGGGGCAAAAUGACCCAGCAAAACCCAGUCUGUUAGCUCAAAGGCCCCUCGUGCAAACACAACUGAGGGCUGGUAAAUGAUUUUUUUUUUUUUCUUUUUUUGCCAUUAGUUCACAACUAUUGCUAAAAAAUGUGCACCAAAAGCGCACUGUUGUAUCCAACAGAUAGAAAGGAUUUUAAAAAAAAGAAGCCGGUUGCUCUGAGGAAAGGAUAAAGACCACCUCGGCUCCUUGGAAACGUGGCCGUGUCUCUGCUCACUUCCUCAAGGUGCAAGAGGUACACUUUCCAGAGUUAGCUGACCAGCAGUGAGGGAACCCUGUCUCUGCAGUUGUGCGGAUCAGAAUAUCUCAAAUUGUAAGGUAUGGACCUUGGUCCAUAAUCUGCCCCCAACUGAACCUGUGAAGAUGUAGAAAAGAAAAAAACCUUCCCACCCUCCUCCCCAGUCUCUGCUACUGUGGGGACAGGCCACACACAAGCUGGGGAGGCAACUGGACUGGAAUAAAUUGCCCUCUGAAGGCACUUGUGCUUCUGGCUUCGUACAAGGAGGCUCAUCUUAUGUAGUUUUAUGGGGGUGGACAAUUGAUCUAUGCUGAAUACAAAUGACCUUGGGAAGAAUCCAAAGUGUUUUCUGCCAAAAGUUGAAGUGUUUAUCCCCA